AUGAGUUUUGGUAGUUUUAUUCAUAAUUACACCCUAGGUUACGGGGAAAAUGAACAUUGGGAAAACUACGAUGGAAAUAUCGAUGCACCCGACGACGAUUAUUUUUUCAACGGAGAUGAUAAUCGUAAAUCAGUAAAUAAUUCGCAUAAAGGAUCAAUUCAAUCUUCUCUUACGGACGGAGAUCAAGAUUACAUAGAUAGAAUAUAUCCCACGUCGGAAAGUCCUCUUUGGUUCGAAGAAGGACAAGAAGGUUAUUAUUUCGAAGAAUAUUUCGAUGAAGAAUACGGAGAAGAAGAAGAAGAAACGGAAUCGAACGUGAGCAGUUAUGAAGAAUCAACGCCGGUUAUACCAAAAGAAUCCGAUACUCAAGGGGAUAGACAGAGAAGCAUAUUCGUACACAGUUGUCCGUCCAAUUUUGCUGCCAUUAACAGAGCCAGGAAAAGCGUUUUCGGUUCGAUUUUUUUAAGCACGACCGGUCAUUCGCAAGAUGAUUCGACAUUGUUAAAAGCCGUUGCCGACAGCAAUUAUAACAUGUUGCAAUCGCUAUUGAAUUCAUUUGAAAAAGUACUUGCUAGCAUACCCAACGAUUCGGAUAAGAAAAAGACAUUGAGAUCGUAUAAAUCAUCAAUUGUUGAAAUGUUGGAAAAGCAAGGAAUUAGAAAAACACAUACGGAUGGUAGCGUUCAUUGGGAUAUAUAUCCGAUAUCUCAAUCAUAUUUAUUUUCAAUACAAAUCGGUGAUAACAUACAUCAAACGAGAAAUUUAUCAAAAAUCGAAAAUAGAAUAUUAAUGGGUACAAUACAUUUAACAAAAUCAUCUUACAAAUGGGCGACAAAUAGCCUUUGGUCAGGAAGUUGGGAUUGUAUUGGAAUGUCCGGAAGCGGAACCUAUAUUAUGCCGCACGGUUAUUUACGGGAAUUUAAUUUGGUUUUACGUAAUGUGUCGCGUCAUUACAAUUGUCGUCGUUUCCGUUCGGUAUUAAACUACAUCACGUUUUCGUAA